AAAUAUACUAAAGGGAAAUUAAUCCGUACCAGGUCGUCAACUAUGCUUGUAAAAUAAUUCAGAAACAUGAUUUUCCUGACAAAUAUAAAAAUACUGCAAAUUGUAGUACUAUAGGUUUAUAAUAGUAACACUUGGUGGUUAUUUUAAAGACAAAUGGUUUCGUCUCUCUCAAUAUUGUAAAACUAAAAACAUAUUCGAACUCGGAUUCUCUGACCUCAGUUUUUUUUCAGAUAUUUGAUCAGCAUUUGCUGUUUCUUUUUUUUUUAGUUUUGGUUCUUUUGAAGAUCAUGGAGAUGUUAAGAGCAAGGGGAAGCAGCACAAACGGCGUCGUUCAAGUCCCUAAUCUUUUGGGGAAGUUUUUCGUCACGAGCAACCAUUUUUGUCAUAGAGACUCUGAGCAUGGUGAGAGACGGGAAGAGGCAAUGAAGAAGGAUGAAGAUAUUGAGCUAACGUUAGGUCUUUCUCUGAAUGGUCAGUUUGGUACGGAUCCGAGAUCGAGGAAGAGGAAGAACUUUGAAUUGGCUCGAUCUUCUUCCAUACCGGAAGGUUUCGUCUUCGACGGACAAAGAUCCGGCGGAGAUAUGCGGCAGACAGGAGUUUCGGACAUGUUCCAGCUGGAUCGGACGCGUUCUCUGCCUGUGGAAACGGAGAUAGAGGCGAAGAGGAAGCGAGCGGAGAAGACAAAGGUCCAAGCCGAGGCGAAGACGUUUCUGUCAUUUAACGUUCCUCCUCCUCCGACAAAGGAGAAGGGAGAGAAAGAUGGUUUUCUUGUCCCCGGUCCGGUCAGCGGGAGGGGCAAAAAUGGAAACACGGCGAAGAAAAAGAACCAAGAAGUUUCGGGGAUGGAGAAGGCGAGGAACAUUUUGGAAGACAUGCCGUGCGUAUCGACGAGGGAUGUCGGAGCUAAUGGGAAACGGGUGGAAGGGUUUCUUUAUUGGUACGGAGGGAGCAAGGAGGAGGUGAAGAUAGUGUGUGUUUGCCACGGCAGUUUUCUUUCUCCGGCGGAGUUCGUUAGGCACGGCGGAGGUACGGUGUCCGACGGUGGUGGUGAUGUUACGAGUAACCCGCUUAGACAUAUUGUUGUUAAACUCCCUUCUUCUUCUUUGUAGUUCGUAAUACUCUUUUUAGGAACCCAAUUGUUGUUAAACCAUAUGCUAAUUCAUUCCGUUUGCAAAUCACAUUGAGUUUCUAUAAGGUUAAUUGUAUUAUUUUCAAACUUUUAUAACAAUUUUAGGCUAUUUUCAAAAUUA